AGGAGUGCUUUGCCGGCUACCGGCUCACAACCAUCAAGGAGAGAGAGCUGGAGGAUGCUCCCUGUUGUCAAGCAGAGCUCUUCAGUGAGGUGGGUUCAGGGAGGGCUCUGUGCCUCUGCUCAGCCGAGCUCCAGCCAGAAGCCUCGUGAGGCAGAGGAGGUGGCGAGCUGCAGCUGCUGCCCAGCUCUUGGGAGGUGAGCUGGACUCCCUUGCUUGCUGCAGGCGUGGGGACAGGAGGCUGAACCCCGCCGGAGCCAUGCCAGCCAACCACACGGAGGGCAGCGCCCCUUCCACCCAGAGCACACUGACCCAAGGCUCUUCCCCGGCCACUUGCACAGAAACGGAGACUUUCACCGAAGUGGUGGAAGGGGAGGAGUGGGGCUCCUUCUACUACUCCUUUAAGACUGAGCAGCUGGUCACUCUGUGGGUCCUCUUUGUCUUCACCAUUGUUGGGAACUCUGUCGUGCUGUUCUCCCUGUGGAGGAGAAAGAGGAAGUCGAGAAUGACCUUCUUUGUGACCCAGCUGGCCAUCACAGACUCUUUCACAGGACUAGUCAACAUCUUGACAGAUAUAAUCUGGCGAUUCACUGGAGACUUUAUGGCGCCUGACCUGGUUUGCCGAGUGGUCCGCUACCUGCAGGUUGUGCUGCUCUACGCCUCCACCUAUGUCCUGGUGUCCCUCAGCAUAGACAGGUACCACGCCAUCGUCCACCCCAUGAAGUUCCUGCAAGGAGCAGAAAAGCAAGCCAAGGUGCUUAUCGGGAUUGCUUGGAGCCUGUCUUUCCUGUUCUCCAUCCCCACCCUGAUCAUAUUUGGGAAAAGGACCCUCUCCAACGGCGAAGUACAGUGCUGGGCCCUAUGGCCUGAUGACUCUUACUGGACACCGUACAUGACCAUUGUGGCCUUCCUGGUGUAUUUCAUCCCUCUGACAAUCAUCAGUGUCAUCUACGGCAUCGUGAUUCGAACUAUUUGGGUUAAAAGCAAAGCUCGUGAGACUGUGAACUCCAACUGCUCAGAUGGGAAACUGUGCACCAGCUACAACCGAGGGCUCAUCUCGAAGGCAAAAAUCAAAGCUGUCAAGUAUAGUGCCGCCAUCAUUCUUGCCUUCAUCUGCUGUUGGAGUCCAUAUUUCCUCUUUGACAUUUUGGAUAAUUUCAACUUCCUUCCAAACACCAAGGAGCGUUUCUAUGCCUCUGUGAUCAUCCAGAACCUGCCGGCACUGAAUAGUGCCAUCAACCCCCUCAUCUACUGUGUCUUCAGCAGCACCGUCUGUUUCCCUUUUAGGGAGCGGAGGUCACAGGAUUCCAGAAUGACCUGCCGGGAGAGAACUGAGAGGCAUGAGAUGCAGACUCUGGCCAAGCCAGAAUUCCUCUAGAGCCUGGAGCAGUGACAGUGCCACACCGAACCCCCUCAGCUCACCUGAGUCCCUGCCGUCGGCUUGGGCACGUGCAUGGAGCCUGAGCUGACUUCUCCACCCUGAUCUCGUCAUCACUUGGGCACAGCACGAGGCAGACAUUCCAGCCAGAUGUUUCACCUGCAUUGACAAGUACUGGCCCGCAAAAACUCACCAGCUAUUCGAAUAAAG